CGCUUCUUAUUUUAUGUAUAUUAUUGUUUUGAUGUAAUCUGAAACAUUGUUUCAUGUUUUGUGAUCGUUUGUGUUAACAUGCGCCAUCCCUGGACCUUAAUCUUACCAAAAUUCGAAAACAUUUCCAGAACAUGGCUCCGUUUUCGUAAGAUCUCAAAAUUUGUUUAAUUUCUCAUCAACUCUUUGGGAAAUUUUUGUAUUAUCGCUUCCAAUUGACACCUUUUUGCUUAUCUAGUUCUUGAUUGGAUCAAAAUGGCGACUUUUGGUUUGGGAAAUUUGUUGCAGAUGGAACUUUUUUUUUGGAAAGUUUUGUAAUUUCUCGCUUGCUGGAACAAGUUUGUCGGAUCAUGGUGUUCUGAUCUUGAGUCCUGACAUUGCAUGUUUUCCUCCAUGCGAAUGUUUGUGACUUGUUUGCUUGUUGGGACUCAUUCUUGGUUGAAAAAACAUGGGAAAGGACAAGGACAAGCAUAAGCACGAUGACAAGGGUCUCUUUUCACACCACCAUGGUCAUGGAGGUUACCCUUCUGGUGCAUACCCUCCACCUCCUGGGGGAUAUCCCCCUGCUACAGGAUAUCCCCCUCACGCAGGAUACCCCCCGCAAGGUUAUCCACCUCAAGGCUACCCACCAGCUGGAUAUCCUCCUGGUGGAUACCCUCCAUCUGGUUAUCCUGGUGCAUCUCAUUCAGGGCACGGUGGCCUUGGGGCAAUGAUUGCUGGUGGUGCUGCAGCUGCUGCGGCUGCUAUGGGGGCUCACCACGUGGCCCAUGGUGUUCAUGGUGGUCAUCAUGGUGGUUAUGCACACCAUGGAAAGUUUAAGCAUCAUGGUGGCAAAUUCAAGCAUGGGAAGCAUGGCAAAUUUAAGCAUGGGAAGCAUAAGCAUGGAAAGCAUGGAUUAUUUGGAGGCAAAUUCAAGAAGUGGAAGUGAUAUACCUGGUUGUCAACUGAAUGUAGUGACUUGGCUCCCAGGAUCUCAAGUUAUGGUUUUUAUGAAUAACCUUUGUUUGCCAUUGGUUUACAUUUCCAAAACACUGUUGGCUGAGUCGGACAUAAGAAAGCACUUAUUUAUCAUUUAUGGCUUUUAUCAUAUGUUUGUACAUGAAACUGAUGGAUCGCCCGAGGUUGGUAGCUGUUGGGACCUGAAAUGGUUCCUACAUGCUCUAAAUCCAAAAAUUACAACCUUUUGGAGCACCCUUGGUUUGUAUCAGAUUCUUUCUUUGGCA